GGGCGCCCGUGGAGCUAGGCGGGAGCGAGCGCGCCACGUGGCGGGGAGACGCGCGGGGCACGGCGGCGUCGCGGCGAGGCGUCGGGGCGUCGGGGUGGUGAGCUGGUUGCAGCACCCUGCAGGGUCACGUUCAGAGGGCGCCGAGUGGGGCCGGGUGGGCGAGGAGUGGGGGAGUGGUGGGCUAAGGGUGCCGAGCGUGGCCCGGAGCCUCCCCCGCGGGUGGAUGCAGCAUGUUACCCUGGCCGCGGAGCACGGGCAAGGAGGCAGCGGAGGAGCAGGCCGGCGGUGACCAGGCGGAGGCUUGCGGCUCCAGCGAGGAAGCCCGGAGGGAGCUCGGAAAACCCCCACAGGACAGGCUGCAGCCCACAGCUCUCAGGCCUGCUGGGCCCCGGAGGCGACAGCUUCUGCCCCGAUACCGGCCCAGCCCCGCUGAGCCGUCCCCAGGAACUCCAGUCCCGAUUUCUUCCCAGGUGCCUUCCUCAGGGAUGCCACUGUUCUCGCCCUGGGACCCCAGCUAUGGUGCUAAAGCAAGACCUCAGCAGGUGUGGGCCCCUGGCUGCGGGUCAGGCGUGACCUUCGCAGGCCGGACACUGUGUCACCCCUCCUUCUGGCCCGUGUAUGAGGCCUGGGGCAGGGGCCACAGGUACCAGGCCCCCAUCCUGGGGCAUCAGAAUGGACCGCAGGCACCCAGGGAUUUAGGGUUCCCAGUGAUGUGCCCUGAAGAUGUCUUUUUCUUGGACCCUCUGCUACCCCCUGGGCAGCGAGUUCCCCUGUACCUGUCUGAGGUUCCUCCGCAGGCCAUGAAGCUACAGCUCCCACCUCCCAUCAUGUCCCCAGCAGUCCGCCCCUCCCAGCCCAGCGGCUACUGCAUGACCCAGCUCAGUGGGCCCGAGCUGAUCGCCAUCACGGGCCUGCUGCUGAUGAGCCAGGGGGAGCCCCGACCUGGCGGCUCUGCUGCUCCUCCAAGUCCUGCUGGCCCUAUGGAGCCCACCUCUGACCACCAGAGCUCCUCUGGAAGCGCUGAUCCAUCUCUGCCUACGACCCCAGAUACCCACUGUCCAUAGCACACCUGGGGUAGAGUGCCCCCCCUUUUGUUAAUAAUAAAACUUGGUUUGCAAAAAGA